AUGCGAUUGCUGUAUAGGAUAGUGGAUGAAGUCAAAAAACUGAAAAUCAAAAACAUGUUGGCGUUGACUACUGAACCAUCCGCAGUGUUGUUUGAUGCUCUGGAAUCAAGAAACGUUUUACUAACAGCCGUGGACAAUGAGGGUAACAACGUUCUACACCUAGCUGCGCUUUUGGCCCCUCAAUUCAAAUCAUUCUCAGGUUUAAGUGCAAAAUUUCAAAUGGACAAAGAGCUCUCUUGGUUCAAGGAUGCGGAGAGAAGAGUUCCUCCUGGAUUAAAGAGUAUGAAAAACAAGAAGGGAAAGACACCAGUUGAUGUAUUUUUUGAUGAACACAACCAGUUAUCCAAAGAUAUCAAAGAAUCUGCUAAAGGAAUAGCGAAUUCUGGAAUGGUUGUGGCAACGCUUGUUGCUACUGUAGCAUUUGCAGCUGCUCUCACUGUUCCAGGUGACAAGAACAAUGUCUGGUUCAUAGUAUUCAUCGUCACAAAUGCAAUCGCAUUGUUCACUUCUUCUGCGUCCAUACUCUCUUUCUUGACAAAUUUCAUUUCUUCAAAAUUCGCAGACACUGAAUUUGUUAUAUCAGUACAUCCCAGCUUGUAUUAUGGCCUUCAGUUACUAAUGAUCUCCGUUACUACUUUGGUUUAUGCUUUCAUUGCAACAUCCUUUCUGAUAUUUGAUCACACAACAAAAUGGGUUUCUUAUGCAGUGACUCCAAUGGGGUUUUCCCCAUUGCUUGUGUUUAUUCUCUUCCAAUCUAAGUUCUUCGACGACUCCUAUUGGUCUAAAUACUAUCGUCCUGAUCCCAAACUUGGGCGCGAAACUUAA